UGACGCCGAAAGGGGCUCUGGCGCUGGUGCCGGCGCUGCUGGUGAUAAGAAACCGAUUUUCAACAACGAACCUGCAAACAGCAACAAUGUGAGAACCUCAGUCUCAAACGACAUACGAAGUAGCGUCGUCCAGUAUUCGUAGCCCCACCAACGUUCUGUCCCAUCUUCUUGAAGGCUGUAUGGAUGUUAUGUGCGACUUCAGUCAGGUUCACAAGGGACCCACAAACAUAGCCAGGCAUCAGUUGUACGGGACAGCGCGAAUGUUGAACAACUAAAAUCCGUCCUAAUUGAAAAAGUCUGAGAAGAACAAAAAACACUACACAUAAAUACACCCAGAGUGAUAUUAUCCGAGUUCCUGUGAUAAUCUUGCGGAACUAGAAAAAAACCAGCAAAACACCAAUAACAAAGAUAUUAACAAAUUCCCCUAUACAAUAUGUCCAAUACAAAUUGUGAUGCAGCUUUUAAUCUGCGUGUGGGUUAUUUCACACCAGAAACAAUGGAAAUAGCCAAAAAUGAAUUGCGUGAGACGCCAGAAAUUAAGAAAGCUGCCAUUGUAGAGCUACGUGAACUUUUAAACUCCUGCCCAGACAUCAAAUACAGAGAUGAUGAUGAGUUUCUAGUGAUUUUCCUCAGAGCCUGCCAUUUCUAUCCAAAGAGUGCUUUCGAAAAGAUGAAAACCACCGCCACCUUCCGCAAAGAAAAUGCUCAACUACUACAUGGUCUGGAUGUGGAGCAAGUGAGAGAUCAGUUUGUCAAUGGCAAUGUCAUAAAUGUACUCAAAAAUGUUGACCAACUGGGUCGACGUGUACUUAUCGUCAACUGUGGCCAGCUGUGGGAUCCCUCGUUUGUGCCCGCCGAUGAUGUCUUCCGCAUGCUUUACUUGGUACACAUUUGCGCUCAACUAGAGGUGGAGACCCAAGUCCGUGGUGUAGUCUGCAUUAUGGAUUUCGAGGGUCUGUCCAUGAAACAAAUCAAAGCUUUGUCUCCCACAUUCUCGAAACGUUUGCUGACAUUCAUUCAAGAUGCCAUGCCUUUGCGUACAAAAGAAGUUCAUUUUGUUAAACAGCCAUUCAUUUUCAAAAUGGUCUGGUCCUUGUUUAAGCCUUUUGUUAGGGAGAAGCUAAAUAAGAGAAUGCAUUUCCAUGGCAAUGAUAUGAAAUCGCUGCAAAAGUUCUUAUCGCCAGACAUUCUGCCAGAAAACUACAAAGGCAAAUUACCUAAAAUAGAUUACAAUGGCAAGGACUGGAUUGAUGCUGUCGAGUCGCACAGUGACUACAUCAAAGAGUGGUCUGAGUUUGGACCAGCCAAAUGGUAAUUCAUCCUUCAGAGCUGGUAACCUGUGACUGCUCAAAUCUUUAAUUAAGCCCAUUUAAUUUUGUUUUUAAGCUUAAGCAUAAUUCCCCCUUAAAUUACAUAAAAAAACAAACAAACAUAAAACAAACCUAGGUUUAGUCUAAUCAAAUAAAAAAAAAAAACAAAACACGAAUUUCUAAAA